GAAAGGAGAGGGAAGAUAAGCUGACAGCCCGCUGCUGAAUUAAGCAUGGACACAGGGCGUGCAGAAACUCAACUACUGUGAAACCCUGUUGGUCUAUAAUGGGUAUAAUGAUUUUUAUCCCACCCCACUCUUUGUGUGAAGUGCUGAGGUAUAUAUUCUUCCAUAGAACUGGGCUGGACCAAAUAACUGGAUUUGAAUGAAAGCAAAAACUUCAGCAACUACCCUAGCUAAGGAGGCAAAACUUGUUUCUGCUCAAUGGUUUCUUUUGAAAAGUCAGCUAUACUGAUUCAGUGGCACUUGAUUACAAUGGUGAUGAGCAAAGUAUAGAAUAGAAAAUAGAAGGGAAUAGAGUAUAAAUGUUGGAAAGUGGGUUGCGGGAGACGAUUCCCCAGAUAGUAGUCACAUUCAGAAACUUUAUUUGCAUGACAAACUAUAGAAGUGUCAUCCAAAGUUACCAAGCUGUACUGCAAGAAACAAUCAGUUAAUAAUAAACGGGAUAUAUUUUGUACUGAGCUCAUCUCUCUCAUUCUAUGCUUUGGACUAUUUUACAAUAAAAUAUUUUUUAUUAAAAGUAACUCAUCUUACCCAGGCUGCCACGAUUCUCCAAAACCCUAGUGUCAUCCAGUUUGUAUGAAAGAGCUAAUACAAAAUAAGGUCCUAUCCUGCAAACACUUAUGUGUUUGCAAAAAGAACAGGAGUACUUGUGGCACCUUAGAGACUAACAAAUUUAUUAGAGCAUAAGCUUUCGUGGGCUACUGCCCACUUCUUAGUCUCUAAGGCGCCAGAAGUACUCCUGUUCUUUUAGCGGAUACAGACUAACACGGCUGCUACUCUGAAACCUGUUACUUAUGUGUUUGUAACUAUGCAUGGGAGUAGUCCCAGUCAAUUCAAUGAAUCUACUUACACGCAAGGAGUUAUGGGCUUGCAGGAUUGGGGCCUAAAAUGUUAUUGCUUUGUAUUGUAUUAUUAGCUGUAUGACACAUAAAAAUUCAUCACUCAUCUGUUUUGGGAAGAUUUUUUUAAGGUGGCAUUUUUUUCCUCUACCAUCAGGAAUAUGAUACAGGAGAUAGGCAGAGUACUUCACCUGUUUUCUAAUGGGAUUUUAAGCUCUGCACAGGUCAGUCUAUUGUAGAUUUUUAUAGUGUUUUAUGCAAAAUUCUGCAAGAUGCACAUCGCCAAAUAUACCAAAAUACAUUUAUUCUAUUACCAGAAAACUGAUUUUUAUUUUCAAAAUUCUUACCAUUCUAGGAGCUUUUCAUUAGCACCCCAGAUAGGGAUUUUCUCUGCCUCAUUUUUCUAAUCCAUUGGUUUAUACAGGUGUCUAAUAUGCCUGUAACAAAACCUAAUAACUUUUCUAAAUUGGUUAGGUAGCCAGGAUUUGCCGGCUAAACAGUGUACAGAGAAAAUAAAAAACAAAACAAAAAACCAGACAGCGCAGUACCCCACAUUGCCUCUAGGUGACAGCAGCAGUGGCUGCUUGCUCCCCAUCUCCUCCCCAGCAUAAAGACAAAUUGGAGCCCAUUUGGAAGAUGAAGUCUGGCUAUCGGAGCUGAACAGACAGCAGCAGCUUUCUCUUGGCACACCGACUACAAAUGGCCCUGGUAUUUUUCACCCCGAGCAUCCUCCAAGUGCCUUGCAUGGUGCUGUUCCUUUUCCAUUUCAAGUCAGCAGCAGUGCAGUAUGUUCUGCAAAUCAACAACAAUGGUCCCAUCACAACGGGAGCUCAAGCUACAAUUCAUGCCAGCUUGAGUAUGAAGAAUGAUGAUGUUGCAUUCAUUAGUGACCUAAAGUCCUAUCAUUUUAACUGGAUUUUCACCCCUCUGACUUUGAUUGAGAAAUCAGAGCAGCGAUUUAACUCUAUGAUUACCGUGACUGGUGAAUUUUCUGGAGACUUUCCCAUUUCUGUCUGGGCAACUGAGACACACUGUUGGUUAUGUCAGCCCAUCGCCAAAAGCUUCACAAUGCUUCAUGUUACAGAGUUUAUAGUAGGGAAUCUUACCAUUGCACAAAUAGAAGACAACAGAACAUUUGUCGAACAAGGUUCUAGUUCUGCCACCGACUCUCUGACCCUGAUUUCUUUCUUUCGUCAUGAUCCGAGUAAUUAUUUCAAGUCGGCAUCAUUCAUCUACAACUGGGAUUUUGGAGAUGGAACUCAGCUGGUAACUGAAGAACCCUUCGUCUACUAUAAUUAUUCUACGGUGGGGAAUUGCAAGGUACAUCUCAAAGUUGUAGCUGAAUGGGAGCAAAUUGAGAGUGCCACCCAUGAAAGAAAGAUUGUGCAGAAAACGGGAGAUUUCACCACCGAAUUGGAGUUGCUGGAUGCUGUUAAAAGUAUAAAUGUCAUAGGCUCCAGAGAGACUCGUGUAAUGGAAAACUUAAGUUUAUCUCUACAUAUCAAUGGCAGCCCUCCACUCACCUUAUGCUGGCUCAUAAAGGCUGAAUGUAUUCCACUGGAAGGGGAAAUGUGCCAUCUAGUGGUGAUUAAUGGCUCCUCCUACAAUUUGAGCCAUACCUUUCGUAAUGCAGGACAAUACUGUCUCAGCGUGAGAGUGGAGAAUGGUGUGAACAUGUUGCAGACGUACCAUGAGAUUAAAGUGUGGCCAACAGGUAUUCACCCGGCUUUCUUUGCCUUGCCAUGUAUUGCUCUGAUUUCAGUGAUGCUGGGAUUUGUUAUAUACACGACCUUCCGAAGCAGCUCACAGCAGAAGGAUCUUGUGGAGGUAGCUGACUUUGAUUUUUCUCCUCUGUCUGACAAAAAUCCCUCUCCUUCCGAUUCCGAGUCAAGCUGUGGUCGAAUAUGCUGCAGGUCCUGUUUCCUUCAGCCACCUCAAGAAUAUUGGGAGACUGUCAGGGAGAGCCACGGACUCCUCCAUCCUUUAUACAAGCCAGUCAAAAUGUACACAGUGUGAAGAACACAGCUUCAUUUGGUUACGUUAACUGCUGGCCUUAACUUUUCUCUUAUGAUGAGUUAAAAGCCAAGUGCUGCAUGGAUGGUUUAUUUUUGCUGGUACAUUGAAAGAUUAACUACUUAUUAGGCCCAAUACUAAAGUGUACUUCAUCGUGUAAUUUAAAAGGAAAGAGCCUGAACUACAAUAAAAGUGGCUUCGCAUAUUUGAAUUACACAAGUGUAUAUCUUACAGUAGAGAGCAUUGCCGAAUCAUUUAAAUGCAGUAUGUUAUUCUUA